AUGUGUAUUGUGUAUGGCUUCAGAAUUGGUGGUUCCGAUGAUUUCUUUUGUUCAGCAAUCUCCUAUGACGGGAGUAGGCAUCCGGUGACUUUCUCUUUGCACGAUAGUACUAUUAUCACGUUUGAAAACAAAACGGACAAAUUCAGCGAUAUAUGUGAGGUCUGCAGUUAUCCAUCAUCUCUAAAACUACUAUUUGUAGAAUCUGGGGCACCUCGACCAGAUAAUGCCUCCAUACCAUGCAAUUUACCAUCUGCCUGUGAAUGUUGCCAGACAUGUACGUCAUGCGUUCAUUGUGAAACUGAUGGCAGAAUUCCAAAGGCGUGCAAGCAUGGAUAUAGAGAUAUCUUUCAAAGAAAGAAAAAUAAUAAAAACAAAUUUUGGGCUCGACGUUACAGAAAAAGGUUGGAAAUGAAAGGGAAAAGAACAAAGAGCUGGUUAUAUGGCAUGAAAUAAACAUCAACCUGUCCGUAAUGAGUAAAUUUGUCAAUUAUAAACACCAAUAGACAUCAUUUGAAUAAAAUGGGAUAUUCUCAUA